AAUGUUCGAAUCUACAAAUUCGUUAAAUACUGCAUGAAAAGAGUUCUAUGUAUUCAAGAGGCUAUAGUUCUAUCCGUGGCAAUAUAACGAAAGUCUACUGUAUAGUACUCAUUUCGCAAGCGCAGUUGCCCGUUACUGUAUACAAUAGUAGAGUCUGAAUUUAGUUUAGCAAUUUGCUCUGAAACAUGGAUAUUGUCAAUAUCUCGAGCAAGCGUACCAACAGACAGUAAAUUGAAAAAGUAACACGAACGUGUUCACGAACUUUAUUUCAAUACCAUGCGCAAGCUAUAAAUUCGUUUGAAAAUUUAAUACGUAAGUGUAAUAAGAAUGGUAAACGAUCGGAAAAUUAUCGAACAGUGCGUGCUCCUUUAGUUUUCUUAAUUUCCGGCGGAUAUCAGUCGACAGCCAUCUUGCUAGCAAUAUUUCGGCGCUCGGCCAUUUUUGUUGCGUCGACGUCAAGUGUGGCCAGAGGCCUUUCAUAGUAGCCAGUCUUCGAAUUUCCUUUGUAUCGAAGUAACGACAGGCAGAAACUGUAAUUUUAACUGUUUCACAUAAGUCGACAAGUUUCGUUCGUAGAUCAGCGAGGAACGAUAAGAGAGAACGAAGGAGCGAACAAUUGAAAUUUUUUGCUUAGUGGUUGUCUAGGCGAGAAACAGCUAAAAAGCUUCUGAGGCAGAGCCACGAAAAAUACGUACCGAGGCGGAGUAAUAUGAGUAAUGCAGCCAACCAGAAUGGAUCAGGUCUAGAGCAGCAGUUAGCUGGUCUGGACUUGCAGGGCUCCCGCCAACCAAGUGGGGGUCGCUACGUACCACCGCACCUGCGAAACAAAUCUGGAAGUAACACACCUUCAGGUGGAGAACAUCAUUCUUCUUCCAACUCGAGACCAUUUUCUGACAGGGACAGAGGUGGAGAGCGUGAUCGUGAAAGGGAGAGAGAAAGAGAUCGCGACAGGGGUAGAGGAGGUGGUGGCGGCGGCGGCGGCGGUGGUGGUUCAGCUUAUAGAGACGCACGAACCUCCCGCGAUGUCGAUUUUGGGAACUUUGGAAACUUCGGUGGACGCAGUAGACGUACUCCUACUCAAGAGAAUGGACGAGACUUUAGAUAUCCCAAUUCCGAUCGAGAACGGGAUCGCCCGGUUAGCUCCGGAAAUGAUCGUUGGCAAGAACCUAGAAAUGAGCGCUGGCAAGAAAGUAGAAACGAUCACAGAAUGGGGAGCAGCGGCGGUAGAUGGAAGGACGAUAGGGAAGGAGGCAGAAGAAACUCUGAAAUUGAUUGGACAAUUCCCACUACCAGAGAUGAACGACUGGAGGUGGAGUUAUUCGGUACUGGCAAUACUGGCAUUAACUUUAGUAAAUAUGAGGAUAUCCCAGUUGAGGCUACUGGAGAUAAUAUACCUCCUCACAUCACAUCUUUUGACGAAGUUAAGCUGACGGAGAUAAUAAAGAAUAGCAUUACUCUGGCUGGUUAUGAUAAACCAACACCAGUACAGAAAUACGCGAUACCGAUCAUUAUCGGACGCCGUGAUGUUAUGGCCUGUGCCCAAACAGGGUCCGGUAAAACAGCGGCCUUUUUAGUGCCAAUAUUGAAUCAGAUUUAUGAAAGUGGGCCGCGUCCACCGCCAGUACAUGGCACUUCUUCUGGCAAGCGUAAACAAUAUCCGUUAGGUCUAGUAUUAGCACCUACAAGAGAGCUUGCCACACAAAUAUAUGACGAAGCACGGAAAUUCGCGUACAGAUCGCGUAUGCGUCCUGCUGUUGUCUAUGGUGGUUCAAACAUUGUAGAUCAAAUGCGAGAAUUAGACCGUGGCUGCCAUCUUCUCGUAGCGACACCUGGACGUCUCGUAGAUAUGCUGGGACGUGGUAAAAUUGGGUUACAUAACUGCCGAUUCUUAGUUUUGGAUGAAGCAGAUCGUAUGUUGGAUAUGGGUUUCGAACCACAGAUAAGACGUAUAGUCCAAGAAGAUACUAUGCCUCCUACCGGAGAGAGACAGACUCUAAUGUUUUCAGCCACGUUCCCGAAAGAAAUUCAGAUGCUGGCAAGAGACUUCUUGAGUAAUUAUAUCUUUUUAGCUGUGGGCCGUGUUGGUUCUACAUCUGAAAAUAUAACUCAGAAGAUUGUAUGGGUGGAAGAACAAGAUAAGCGUUCUUAUUUGCUUGAUCUUCUUCAGGCCAGCAACUUCUCAGAUCCUUCGGCUGAAUCAUUAACAUUAGUGUUUGUGGAAACGAAAAAAGGCGCGGAUAUGUUAGAAGAAUAUUUACAUCAGAUGGGCUAUCCGGUUACCAGUAUUCAUGGUGACCGAACACAACGUGAACGAGAAGACGCUUUACGCCGUUUCCGUGCUGGUAAGGCACCAAUACUUGUUGCGACUGCUGUAGCUGCCCGUGGACUUGAUAUUCCACAUGUAAAACAUGUGAUAAACUUCGACUUACCGGGAGAUGUGGAAGAAUAUGUUCACCGGAUUGGUCGUACUGGCCGUAUGGGAAAUUUAGGUCUAGCAACAUCAUUUUUCAAUAAUAAAAAUUCUAACUUGGUGCGCGAUUUGGUAUCUCUCUUGCUCGAAGCCAAUCAAGAACUUCCACAUUGGUUGGAUGAGAUGUUCGCCGAAGCAAGAUAUUCUGGAGGUGGAUCUCGAAGAGCUGGUAGUACUAAAAGCCGAUUUAGUGGCGGAUUCGGUGCAAGAGAUUAUCGUCAGCAACCUAGUUCUGGAUCGGCUCGCAAUAAUGGUUCCUCCGGUAGACCUGGUGGUUAUGGAGGAAGUUAUGGAAAUUAUGGAAAUAACUAUAAUUCAUCGUACAACUCUAGUAACAACGUUAGCAGUAACGGUCCUGAUUGGUGGGGCAAGUAAAUCAUCACCACCGUCUUUAUUUCCACUUUUACUACUAUACACAUAAAUUCAAAUAUAUGUAAGAAAGACACGUACGACAUACACAUGGUGUAACAACACGCACGUACUUUUGCGCGCGUAAUAACGUAUACACAACAACAACAAAAAAAGACAACAGUUAUCACGUAUAAACACAUCACGUUCUCUAACUGCCUGUGCACUACAAUUUUCAAACUAAAGAAAAACCAAUUAAUUGUGUUUAUUCAAUUCCAUAAAUACUUUUAUUCGUGUGCGACGAGACAUGAUUGACAAAUCCUAAGUGCAAUUCCAUCGUUAGAACAUCAGCAAACGGGAAAUCACGUGUAAAAUAAUGAUCUCAUUUCAUGGGAAAGCCCCAAGAGACAGUAGGGAUUUGUCAGCUACUAUAGAUAACGAUAUAAGAUCCAUCCAAAGUUUCGUUGCCGUGCGUGUUGAAGAACACAAGUAGUAUAAUCACUAAAUGAAAACAAGUCGAGCAAUCGUUUAAUGUCUAGAUAGGACAUUCGAACGACACGACAACAUAGUAGGUGGAGAAACUUAGUGAAAUUUUUUAGAACUCCUGUCGAGACUAUGAAGCUUUAUCGCGGCUUCAUUAUUUCAAUUUUUUGAAGGACGUGGUGGGCGUAUCUACGAGAAUCAUGGCGUCUAGGUAUCCAGUAAUCAUAGAGCUUUAAAUGCACAAGUGCUUUAUUAUUCUUGCCUCAAUGGCCAGUAACUUGUGUAGUUUCAUUUGAAUUAAUGGCGCUGUUUCUUUCCUUCUUUUUUUUUUAAAUAAACAUAUAUAUAUGUAUAUACAUAAACACGCAUUUGUAUAUAUAUACAUAUAUAUAUACGCACAUAUAUUUGACUAGGCGCCCCGGAUACGCCAUAUCGCCAUCGCCAUAGAUUUUCAUGACGAUUCCUGUUUUAAAUUUACUAUAGUCCAGCGACGAAUGGUACUUUGUUGUUUUGCCGUCCCCAGACACAGACGACAUUGCGCCGGCGAUAUCAUGGUUUAAUCGACUAAACUUUGGCAAAAUUUCCAGUAGUCGAGAGCUUUGAUAUUACGAGAAGGAUAACGACACAGGCUGCGUCUUUAGAAUACUUUUAGAAAUCUCGUUUGUAUACUUCGCUUCGCGAGAGAACUAUAGUAAUCGCAUGUCGACGCUGAGUUCAGAAUUCAGAACAGAAAUAUAUUAAUAACGGAAAGAAGUAAUUACAUAAGGAUUCCGAAUUUUUGACAUUAUGGUGGGACAAAAAUUCGGAACGAUUCGCAUACUUCAGCCGCAUAUUUGCAAAAAUUUAUUGCACCAGUAUACGCGUGUAUGAUAAUAUUGCACAAGUAUUUUGACUGUACAGGCAUUAAUGUAUGAACUUCUGUACUAUGCAGGUCAUGUGUGCGCAAGUGUACUUGAACGUGAAUAAAAGCACAGAUAUGUGUAAGAAACAAAAGAACCUUACACAGACAUUCUUCAAGUAUACUUGUGACGUAUGAAGACCACAUGGCCGUGAAGAUUAGUUCAAUAAAUUUGUGCAAGUAUACCGCUCAAGUGACUUACGAUAUGCGCGCUCAGUAUCGCAAACGUUGGAGCGCAUGCGCGUUACCUUUGGCUACGGAGUGUGUUAGAACCAAUCAGAGUAGACGUGCGUAGUAAACAUGCGCAGUAGAACGAAAAUUCUUCGUUUGGCUCUAUGAUUCUCUCGUGAUGUGAAGAAUAUUUCUGUCACGUCCUGUUAACGAUAAGUACGUUUUCAAAGAUUGAAUGCUGUAAACUUAUUGCUUGUAACUCUUUAAUUUGAAAGGAUUAUUUUAUUUAAAACUUUGAUGAUUGUAUUUAGAGUAGGCUGGAACGUUUUCAGCGAAUGUCAGGUACGGUGGUACCUGAGUUUUAAUGUACUCUAAUUAGAAUUUCUAAACGUAACGAAGACGUUGUCCUGUAACAGUAUGGUGCGUUAUAAAAAGAAACCUUAAGAUUGCAAUACUGGAUGCGAGUGCUCGAGAACGAAAGCUUACAUUUAAAAAACGGGUAAACAAAGAAACAAAAAUACGGUUGCAGUUACAGAGGGGAACUUCAAAAAAAGGAGAGCAACGAUACUAACAUCGUUAGUUCGCUCAACUUUACCAGGGGGAAUAAAAGCAAACUAUACAAAAACAAAGCAAGCCCUUUGAAAUAAGGAAGCAUUAAGGACGCACUCAUAUUUUAUAACUGUAUUUAUCAGUACGAUAACGCUACAUAUAAUAAAUAUAUGCACGCGUGUAUGCAUACAUAUCUGGUUACGUAUGUAUGCAUGCACGCCACGUGAUAUUCGUAAAAUACAUAAACGUUAAAAUAAUUGAAAAACGACUGUGAUAUCGAACGAUCUUGUGACAUUCAAUUUCCAUGCGAAUUGAUAAAUGAACAAUUUAACGAGAUACAAAAUGUUAAAUGUACGAAUUAAACGGUAUUGAAUGUCAGGAAUGCGUCAAACUCGAGUUUGUUUGAGCCGGGAACGGGAAUAUUAAAAGUCGUUAAAAGUAAUAACAUCAAACAAUAACGUGGCUGUUGUCCGAUCGGGGAGGGCUGAACGCUAGCUCUUAACACGGUCCUGAAAACACGUUUUUUGGGGCAUUGUUUCUACUUAAAAGAAAAAAAAAAAAAGAAAAAGAAACGGAUAAAUAAAUAAAUAAAAAAUGCGCAUUAAACGAUAGAUGAUAACGACAAAACGCGUCAUUACUGGUUGAUGAUGUUGGUAGGGCUUUAUAGAAUGUCGAUAUCUUUUCGUGCAAAGAAAGAAAGAAGAAAAAGAAAAGAAACGAAACGAAAAAAAAAAAGAAAAUGUCGGAUUCUUACCUAAUCUAUGCGAGAAAAAGUACAAAUUCAACUUUUUGCGUGACAACUGACAGGAUUUUUACACAUGUCAUACUUAUACCUGUUAUAUUAAUAGAUUUAUAGUGCAAUCGCGUGCGUGAAUCGUAUGCCGUGUGACCGUGGACCAAGGGUGUGAAUGGCCCCCUCGUCCGAGGGGGAAAAAUAAUUAAUUUCAACUAGAACUUUCAGAUAGCGUUAACGAAUAAUAAUUGUUGGCUUCCGACUAUAUAUGGUGCGUGUGAUUUCGAAUUCUAAUAUGAUUUCUUUCGAAUCGUCGAGUCCGUUAUGUCCACUCGGAGGCCCUGCCAAGAACAUUACAAAACAAACAUAACCUACAACGAAAAGUGAUUCGACCACUUUUCCGUUCUAUAAAUAUAGUGUACAAUUUUUACUUACGGCACAAUUUAAUCGUUCAGUUCGAACCUUAGUCUGUUAAGAGGAUAAAAUAGGUCAUUGCCGUAAUACUGUUACUACUACUACCGCUACUAGUGCUACUACUACUACUAUUAAUUAUUACUACUACUAGUACCACUCUUAUUUGUUAUUAUUUACUUGAGUCCUUUUUUUUUCGAACAAUGUAUCUCCUAGGUGGUACUGUAUAUUAUACGCGCAAAAUUGCGUUGCGUUAUUUUAUUAUAAUAGGAAAAAAGAAUCAGGUGACUUUUGGACAUUAUUAUCCCGAAUUUUAUAUUUUCGUUUUUUCUUUUUUUUUUUUUUAUUUUUCAUUCGCUUCGGUCACGGAAGUCAGCCGUUAUUUUUCUGCCGGGAUGGUUCCGUGUUAAGUACGCGUAUUUUUGACAAAAUUCCGGAUUCUAUUGUCCAAUCGUUCACUCAGGCAACGAAUACAUAUGACGCGUCAGUGUAAGUUAUUAGUCUUUGUGCAGUUGGAAGUAAAUGCGUUCAUUUACGAGUAACGUGGUGGACAGAGAUUAUGCAGUUAACAACUAUACGCGAAAGUAUUUUCAUACUUAUUUCUCUUCUAGUUAUAAAUAUUUUUAUACGUGACAGCGUUGGUCGUCAAACAAUCGCGAUAUCAUUGAUUACAUGUUUAUUUUAUUUUUAACACGUUCAAUGCCGUGGACACCGGUGAACCGUCUAGAUUAAGUGUAAUUGACAAAAUUAAAAUUCCAGAUUGCAUGAAUACAGUAGAUUAGUUACAUUGAAAUUUCCAUUCUUUCGUGUAUAAAUAAUGUAGCAUAAAAUUUAGAAAACGAGGCGAGGCUUCUCGCGUAGGAAUUCCAAUAUGGCGUUAAAUUAAAAAAAUGCUCAUACGAAUCGUACUAUGCGCGGCAUUUAACGUGUUAACGAUCGUAUUCGUUUCAUAUAUAAAAAUAAAAGUAAAAUAAAAAUUGACAAAUAUUUUUGUGCGAUAGUCAAAUGUCCACCGUUUCGUAACUUGUACACGUGUAAAUUCUUCGAGUACGUGGUAUUAUGAUUUAGAGCGUAAAUUAGCGUCUUUAGGAAAACGAAGGGAAAAAAGAAAAGUAAUGUAAUAAACGACACUAUUUAUUAAGUAUUUAUUUUUUACGUUUAAUGCUCUCGAAGAAGAACACAAGGAAAAAAGGACAGUCGUGUAUUUGUACAAGUACCUUUUUUUAACGUUAUGUUUAGUCCUCUAAUGUAUAUCGGACGAGCAGCCUUAGGAAACAUUUGUGGAUCUACUCAGAGAGUGAAAUGAUUAGACAAAGAUGAAUUAAAAGUGUAGUGCGAAGAAAGAAGAGAAGAGAGGGGCUACGAAUAGUAAUUCAUUGCAUAUUGUGUAAAAAAAAUGAUGAAGAAACAAAGGCGUUUGACUGUGACUGCAAUCAUUAUUACGAAUGAGAAUGCGCAAUUACAAAGCACACAUACAAGAGAGAGCGAGCGAAAGAGAGAGCGAGAGAUAUAGAUAAACAUUUGUAAGCCAUAUUUAUUUUAUGUAAGACACGCGACAAGUGUGUCACGAAAAUAUCUUAGGCACGCGACCACGCCGCCAAACACGACUGCCAUCGCGUGCUGUAGAUCAUAGUUUCAUUUUAAUUUCUUUCAUCUUGUUCAUGUUUCAAAUAUUUUCUGUACGCUGUUCGUGUUGCUCUUUGCGAGAGACAGACAAAUUGUACGCGUAUCUACUUUGAGCAACGUUUAACCCUUUAGCUGCGAUCUUUUUGUAAUUACAAACUAUGUAAUUGGUUGUACAACGGAAGUGUUCCCUAAGGAAAGACCAUGUAAACGUUUAUUCUGGAAAAUUUUAUUAAAUACGAAAAUGUCUCGUGCUGUAAGAGCUUUGCUAGGGAAAAUGUAAUGAUCAACACUUAAAAGUUACCACAUCGCACUUCGUACGAGAUAUUUUAGUACCCUUUUAAUGCAGAUUGUUUUAAAAACGUAAUUUCCAAGGUUCUUUCGAAGGUAUUAAUUUAUGAAAAAUCGUUGUAAGUUUUAAUCAUUAAAUGCAUAGAAUUUUCCUUGAUAAACGUUAGAAGAUAAUUGAGCAUGAAGAGUGAAAAAGAUUAAUGCAGUUAUAGUGUCUUUUCGUCUCAGAAAGCCGCUCAGAGAAGCCACUAUAAUCUUGGUAGCUAAAGGGUUAUGAAAAGAAUGAAGUUAAUACUCGGAGAGGAAAAAAGAGUAACAACAAAGCAUUGAAUAAUCGUAUGUGUGUGAGUGUGUGAGUGUGUGUGUGAGGGAGAGACGUGAUGGGAAGAGCACACGCGUAGGCUGACAAAUUCGAGGGAUGGCAAAAAAGAAAAAAUGUCUUCUGAACUUUUAUGAAUGUUAUUUCAUCGAGAAGCGUCGCUUGUCGUCGAAUCGAGAACGCAGACAAAAGUUGUAUUUAUAACAAAAAAACGAAGGAAAGAGCAAGCCUUUGGUAGGAAGCGCGUACAGCUUCCGGCACGAGUCUCAAAUGGCUGUGUUUUACUUUUUCUGCGAUGAAUGACGCUCGUCGUCGUGUAUCAUUCACUUGUGUAACUCUAAUGAUACUGCUAUAUAUCUUACUUCACUGAGAUGGCGAGCAAAUGGCAAAAAAAAAAGAAAAAAGUGUGAAAGAGGAAAGAAAUGGAACGGUGAACGUACCAUUCUGUCGGUCUCUUAAUUAGUAAUUGCACAUUUACACGCUACAUUAGGUGAACCGAGGAAAAAAUAAGCGAGAAAAGUAGGAACAAAAUUUCGCAAAACAACUGUACGUCGUACGGCUAAUGAAAGAAUCAAUAAAAAUAAAGUGUCUGAAAUUUCAAUGAGGAAGUCAACUUAAACCUUAUAAAGUGUAUAAUACAUAAUAUAUAAAUAUACAUAUACAUACAUAAUAUGUAUACACUUUGUCGUUCAUUAGCAAUAAGUUAACGAUUGCAUUAUGGGAAUCAUAUAUGCAUCCUUGUGCUUAGAUAAAAAAGCAACAUGUGUGUUCUGUGAAGAAUGAUGUAGAGUGUCAAUAUUGUUACAAAUACCUCAUAAGAGACGAUGGAUCACAUAUAUUAUUUAAAUGUUUAUUCAUUCAUUUAGUGAUUCAUUCGUUUAUUUAUAGUAUUAUGCAAAGUGACAGGAGAAUUCUAUAAAAUGAGCCGUAUAAUAAAGAAGGAAAAGAUUA